AUGGCGCUAAGGGUUGAUAUCAUCCAAAGCGAAGGCCAAAGCCUAGCUCUGAUGAAACAUUUGAUAUCCACGUCGUUUUCCUGCAUUGGGUACUUGAGGGAUUUGUUUGAAGAGAAAAAUUUUACCGAUCACUUUUUGUGCGACCUGGCGCUGAAAAGACUUGCCCGUGGAAUGUCGCCAGAAGCAGAUACUUUUCUCGAUUGGAUUGAGCUUGGCAUUUAUGACGCCUUGGAUAAAAAAUACCUGCGUACAAUAUACCUUGGCAUUUUCAUCGAUCCGGAUGACCCGAAAAAUGUUCUUGAAUGGUAUACUUUCAAGGUCGCCUAUGCACCAUUCAACAGUGACCAUGUUGGUGCCGACAUAUCAUCUCUAUCGAUCGAACAAAAUGACAAGGAAAUUUUGCACUUUAGCCAGAAGGAGAUCGACUUUAAGCGCUCUGCCGUGCAGAUUUUAAGGACCAUGUGCAUAUUGACCCAAACGCUAAAGUCCUUGCCCGCAAUCAAAUAUUUAACCAUCCGAAUAUAUUACUACGAGGAUCGGACGCCAUCCUCAUACCAACCGCCGUUGUUUCUUGAUUGCCCAGAUGAGAUUUUUGUCAAUUCCCGUGGCGCAGAUUCUCUGAGAUUUGAUCUUGGGCAAGCAGCGACCCCAUUCCAUACGUAUGUGUUGCCGAUGUAUUAG